AUGGUGGCGGCCACCGGACUGAUUCUGCCCGGUGACGGGAUCAUAAUCGCGGGAAAACUCUACUCGGGUGUCGCGCUCACGCUGGAGAACUGCCUGUUGCCCCCCGAGCGCGUGCACUACAGCCCCUCGCGCGCUCACGGGCUGUCCGCGCGCACGGAGGAGCAGCUACGGAACCGCAUGUGUGAGAUGAUCCAGAACGCGGGAAUUCUGCUCCGUUUGCCUCAGGUCGCCAUGGCAACGGCCCAGAUCCUGUUCCAUCGGUUCUUCUACAGUAAAUCAUUCGUGAGACACUGCGCGGAGACGGUCGCCGUGGCGUGUCUUCAGCUCGCGUCUAAGAUCGAGGAGGAGCCGCGGCGCGCGAGGGACGUCCUGAACGUCUUCCACCGCCUCAAGCACGCCGCGGGAAACAGGCCUUUCUGCCCCCUGCUGUUGGACGAUGGCUACGUCAGCCGCAAGAGUUACGUGAUCAAAGCGGAGCGGCGCGUGCUGAAGGAGCUCGGCUUCUGCCGUUUGCGUUCCGGCCUCAUCGUGUGUUUACCUGUGCAGGUGAUCAUGAUGUAUCUCCAGGUUCUGGAGUGUGAGAAGAACACCAGACUGCUUCAGAUAGCCUGGAACUACAUGAACGACAGCUUGAGGACUGAUGUGUUUUUGAGAUAUAGGGCUGAAACAGUUGCAUGUGCGUGUAUCUUUCUUUCUGCAAGAGUAUUACAGAUCCCUCUGCCUGAGCAGCCGCCCUGGUUCUUGUUGUUCGGGGUGUCAGAAGAGGACCUGAUUGAGAUCAGCUGUUGUAUUCUGCGGCUGUACACACUGCAGUGUGAUUCGCUGCCGGCUCUUCAGCAUCAGGUGGAGGAAACGCGUUUAUCUCUGGCGAGCAAACCCGGAGGAAAAGCGUUGGCGACACACACCCCGACACACGAGCCGGCGGCCAGUUUCUCUCCCGCGUCCAAACCUGCGACUCCUGCAGAAAACCAGAAGAACCACGAAUCUCCUCUGUCGCAUCUCGCCCUCGAAAACGCCCGUCGAAAGAUCACGUGCCGAGAGCGUAGGAAGCGUCUGAGUCGCAGCGAUGAGCGGCGAAACACUCGCUGGAUCCCGUCUCCCCCCAGACGCAGGCGCAGUCGUAGCGAGUCCUCUCCAUCGCUGUCCGUUUCUCCCGAACACACACACUCCUACACACACCGACAGAGGGAACGCCAACGACAGCGGGCCAAUCGUUCGUCUCGCAGGAGAUGA